AUGAAGUACAUUCGAAGCAACAGCCUGAAACGUCUCUUCUCCUUCAAACGCCGCAGUUUCGACUCCGACUCUGAAAACUCAACUCCACACGCCAAAUGCGUCGAGAGUUUUCAAGAAACAGAGCAGUUUCAAAGACCCAAGUGGAAAUGUUUCUCCUUUGAAGAAAUCUACGAGGCAACCAACGGUUUCAGCUCAGAGAACUUGGUAGGAAGAGGUGGAUUUGCAGAGGUGUAUAAAGGGGUUUUGAGUAAAAGUGGUGAAGAAAUUGCUGUGAAGAGGAUAACGAGAGGAGGGAGAGAAGACGAGAGGAGAGAGAAAGAGUUUCUAAUGGAGAUUGGAACAAUAGGACAUGUCUCACAUCCUAAUGUCUUGUCUCUUCUUGGUUGUUGUAUUGACAAUGGUCUCUAUCUUGUUUUCAUCUUCUCUUCCAGAGGCUCUGUUGCUUCUCUCCUUCAUGAUUUGAAUCAGGCACCAUUGGAGUGGGAGACAAGGUAUAAAAUUGCAAUUGGGACAGCAAAAGGGCUUCAUUAUUUACACAAAGGUUGUCAGAGAAGGAUCAUACACAGAGACAUUAAAUCCUCCAAUGUUCUCUUAACCCAAGAUUUCGAACCACAGAUAUCUGAUUUUGGGUUGGCAAAAUGGCUGCCUUCUCAAUGGUCUCACCAUUCUAUUGCUCCAAUUGAAGGCACAUUUGGGCACUUAGCUCCAGAGUAUUAUACACAUGGGAUUGUGGAUGAGAAGACUGACGUAUUUGCCUUUGGAGUGUUCUUGCUUGAACUCAUUUCUGGUAAAAAACCUGUUGAUGCCUCCCACCAAAGCCUACACAGCUGGGCGAAAACGAUUAUAAAAGAGGGAGAUAUUGAGAAGUUGAUGGAUCCAAGGAUCGGUGAAGACUUUGAUAUCCAACAGCUUCAUCGCAUAGCUUUUGCUGCGUCCCUCUGCAUCCGAUCAUCGUCUCCAUGUCGACCUACCAUGAUCGAGGGUUAA